GGAGUGCGACAAAUUUCUCCUCGCACAGAGCAGACUGUAUAUGACCGUUCGCGACCAGAUGAGGCAUUUCCAUUCGAGGCGAGGAGACUGGGGAGAUCGGCAGCUGUCCGAUGCCGAGGCGGGCGAUUGUAGGGGAGACCGCGAGAACGAGCGUUGUGCGGCGUGGUGGUUUGCCCAUGGACGUCACCACCCGGAGUUGCGUACCAUCGCCAUCCGUGUCAUGCACUUGUGGACGUCCGCCUCUCCAGCAGAGAGGAACUGGGCGCAGCAUGAGCGCAUUAACACGGCGAGGCGCUGCAAGCUUGGGUUUGCCAAGCUUGCACAGCUGGUUGAGAUUGCCACCAGUCUCAAACUGGCCGCGUGCGCACAGCAGGGUGGUGGCUACGUAUUGCCAUGGGUUCAGGGGACCGGUCGGGAGGGGACAGCGGGAGAGGAGGAGGAUGACGAGGCAGACAUGGAGCCCGAGGUGUGGGGAGCGCGACCUGCUGGCAGUGUUCGCGAGCAGGAGAUCCAGCAACAGGUCGACGUGUUCGGCCAGAGGGCGGCGGAGCUGCGACCAUGGCCAGAGGCGGUUGACGACGGUCCAGACGGKGAUGCAGAUGACGACGACCCCUGUGACGAGUGGACCGACGAUGAUGACGCGCCCGUCAGUGGCGACGCGACGGCAGAGCGGGUGUACUUCACUUACGGUGGAGGACCUGACGGCAUGGGUUCACACACAUCGGUCAUCACAGAUGAUGUGCCGUCGACUGGACAGGCUAGUGGCACCAGCAGAGGUGGUGGUCGUCGUGGACGACGUCCGAGUGCGGCCGACGUGUUGGAGCAGGAGCCACGGGGAGGCCUUCGGACGACGGGCAGGCGUUGGGAGGUUAGGAGCGACAACGAGCGCGAGAGGGAGGCCGAGGGGAAGGGGGAAGUGCCCCAUCAGGAUCGUCGCUACUCUCCCUCCCAUCAUCGAACCACUGCAACUCCCGAGGCAUUUAGGCGUUCGGAGAGGUUGGCGUCGACAACAGGGAGAGAGCGAACGCAUGACAGCGAGGAGCGUGAGGGGGAGAGGACUCCUUCGGGCUCCGGUAUCCGCCCCCGCUCGCCGUCGGAGCUCCGUACAGACGACUUUGACGUCGGACACACAAGUCGGGGCUUGGGGGAUUUCAGCGCCCCGGGAUGUCGACAUGCCUCACCGUCGGAGGUGCGUACCGACGACUUCGAUUUGCGGGGCCUUGUUGAGACCGAGGAGGAGCGGGAUGUCCGCCUGGACCGAGAGGAGGAGGAGCGGUUGCGGACUCUGCCUAGAUGGGAGGGUCAGUUCGCGUACGUAGAGGAGCAGCGCCAACAGAGGGACUUGGAGACAGGAGGGUGGGGCGGCUUUGACGCCGACGACGGGGUUGUCCCUACGGAGCCAAUUCAGGCAGACUUGCGAGAGGGUGGAUGCGGUGACGAUAUGGAUGUGGGUGGCGAUGGGGAGAGCGACACAUUGUGUGACGAGGGACGGGAUGUCGCCGUGGGCGGACGAUCUCCCCGUGGUGGAGGCGGUGGCGACGGCGAGACCGCGGGUGAUGAGGGACAGGGUGCAGCCGUGUGUGGCGGGGGAGAGGGUGGACCCGGUGGAGAUGGGGAUACCGCAGCUGACGAGGGGCAGGGUGCCGUCGCGGGUGGUGGGGGAGACGAUGGACCCGACGGAGAUGACGACGACGACCACGGUCGCGAGGACGAUGCGUAUAGGCUCGCCUUGGUCUUGAGGGGCCCCACAGUCCCCCCCUUGCGCCCCGACGACAGAGCGCACCCUUUCUUCGACGCCAACGCUUUGGCGCAGGCACUGACAGAGGACCCUUUCCCACAUACGGGCUGCAGGAGUGGAGAGAGACGGCCCGCUGAGGGGGCAUAUUCACUGCCGCUGUAUGUAGUGCAGAGCCCUCGAUGGUCGGGUUCGUCGCUCAGCGGCGUGAGAGGGAAGGAGUCCAGGGCGGUUGAGGUCGGGUCGGGCCGACGCAGUGAGGGCGGCGGAUGUGCAGGAUCGAUUCCUCCACCACCCACACGGGCCGCAGAGGCGGGCGUCGACGUCGACGACGAGACGCCGGCACCCGGAGUUGCGCACAACGGCGCUUCCCCGCCGCCGGUCCGAGGCGGUGUCGGCGGCAGAUGCAGAGGUCGCCCCAACCAGGCAACGUUGGACGCGAUUCAGAGGCAGCGAGAUACGGUUGCUGCACAGGCGGCAGAGGACGACGACGCAGACACAGAGUCUGAGCCGCUCGAGAGUGUGGUCCGUAGACGCAGAGCGGCCGUGGCCGCGGCAGCUGCUGCAACACAGGCGGCAUACAUCAGCGGUGCGGAGGGCACAGGUGCCGGAGGGAGAGGAGGGCGCCCGGGAGGACAGCAUGGCCGAUCGUCCUCGGGGAGAGGCCGCGCGCGUCCUCCUGCAGGGAGGGGCAUGGGCCGCUCUUCUGGGAGCAGAUGACGACGCCAAUGGUAUUUUUUUUAACUCAUUACUUUUUUUUUUUUGGAUGGACAUUUUUUUGGCAGGGUAGUUCCAUAUUUAUGUUGAUGUUGUUCCAUGGAGAUGACGACGUUAUGUGGGCCUUACGGUUUUUUUUUUUUUUUUUUUUAGCUGCUUGGUGUUACGGUAGAGACGAUCACGUCGAGGGGUGCGGUUUUUGGCUUUGGCCUUGUACAUACACAUUUCCAUUGAAAUGCUUUGUCACUGAUUUGUUUUUCUCCAUGUUCCUCUUCCACCCUCGGUUUUGCAUAUGAGUCGCUGUUGUUUGGUGAGCGGUUUCUGGUUUGUUGUCGUAAAUGUCCCCGACACAGUAUUGUUAUCGCAAUGUUGCAAAUCAUGUGUUUGUCGGAUGCCACGCACAUGCAUGUCAUGGUUGCCCCCAUUAUGAAUGUGUUGUGAAUUUCGUAUGCCAAACAGGGAUGAUAUGCUAAUGAAUGUGUUGUUUCACG